GAAUCUUGUUGUCCUAAUAUUAUGUCGGAACAGCACGAGUAUUAACAAGUAACAUUUUGAACCAUGAAGCCGAAUAUCCCAACAAUGUAGUUCAUAAUCAAUCAUUGGGAAGAUUGUAUCGCUUCAUUCAUGGUCGCUUUCAAGAGCUGCUCCAUGACACAGACAUAACUCGUUUGCGGUCUCGCAACAUGGGAGAAAAUUUAUGCAUCUCCCUUCUGCAUUUGUCGUACAACCUGCUUCAAUAUUCCGAACGAACUUAUCCACGAGCACGCCCUUGGCCACUAUUGCCAUUAGGUUCCCAUCAAACAGGUUUCUUUCGGUUGGAUACCCGUACUUUGUAUUUGUUGGUGAGAAGAGCACGAAUUGCGAAUCGAAAUAAUCCGGCACCGCUCAUAUUGCUCGCAGAGGGCGGGUCACCGUUGUCGAUUUCAAGAUGCAGACAACUCGAAAGCAAUCCGCUCUGGUGCCAGGAGCUAUGGGAAACGGUUUUCGAUACUGAUCACAUAAAACCAAACCGCCGCCGAUACGGUCAAGAUUAUCAAAACCCCUUUGCAUACAACGCGCUAAGCUUCAAGCAUACAGCGACUACGGAUGGAUGUAUGGUACACGUCCAGUUCGAAAAGUUUAUCGGGAAUAGUCCAGAAUUAUUUCCUAGUACACACGAUGAAAUUAGACGCCUUCCCGAAGGUCAAGACUUAACAAUUUGGAGCCAUGGUGUAUACAGACUCGAGUUGAAUCCGGAUGGCCUAACUCAGCAGCGUGCAGAAGAAAGUCGAAUUGUUGGAGUCGAUCCUGGUGUGUCGUCGAUGAUCACAGGAGUAUCGACUGCUGAAGUUGUCUUGAAAAAGAGUAUAUAAUAGAUAAGCCUCACACUACAUUGAGCUCUUGACUAAAAAAAAUCAAUGCAAAGUGCGGAGACGGGUGUCUUUUGGGAAUAUAAAUUAGAAAACAAAAAUCGGCAGAAAGCCGAAAUCCAAGAGGAUUAUGACUCCAUCGCAGAGAACUCGCCCUAU